CCUUCCCUUUUUUCCUUCCUUCUCCUUCCUUCCUCCCUUUCUUCUUCCUUUCUUCCUUCUUUCUCUUCCUUCCCAGCCUCUCUUUCCCCUUCUCCUUCUCCUCCUCCUGGUCCCCCACAGCACUGCUCCAACCCAAACACCUGCUGCACAGAGGAACCUCCAGGUUUCCUUGCCCUUCCUCCUCCUCCCACUGGUCAGAAAGUUUUGCAGUCUUCAAAGAGCCAUUUGCUCCUGGCCCCUUCUCUGGCACACAGCUGUUCUGCAUUCCUAGCUUUUUAAAAACUAGGCAAAAUUAAAGAGAACGUCCCCCAUAUUAAACUGCUCCUUUUGGAUGAGAUGAAAGUGACCGUUUGUUUUGGGAAGACGGGGAUUGUGGUGCCCUGUAAGGAUGGACAGAUCCGGGUCAGAGACGUGACCCACCAGGCGCUCCAGAGGUACCUGAGAACCAAAGAAAAGGAUCCUUCUUACUGGGUGAACAUUCACCAUCUGGAGUACACAGAUGGGGGAAUCCUGGACCCAGAUGACAUCCUAGCAGAUGUUGUAGAAGACAAAGAUAAGCUGAUUGCCGUAUAUGAUGAACAAGAUUCACUGCCUAAGUCUGAUGACACCAGUGGCAGUUUGACUGAUGGAAACAGCCCAGAUGCUUUUGAAACUGACGUAGCUGCUCAGCUGGCUGUAUUUCAGCCAAUUGGAGGAGAGAUUGAAGUGACACCUUCAGCUCUGAAACUAGGAACUCCACUUUUAGUAAGAAGGAGCAGUGAUCCGACAUUGGGGCCACCUCCUGACUUACCUGCAGGUGCUUCACAGACCAGUGACCAUGUUCUGAAGACCUCUGUGCCAUGUUCAGCACACUCAUCUUCAGAAGACUGCGAUCCUGCUGCCCACAGUGAUGUGUUGAUGUCACAGAAAACAAAACUCAUUUUCAGUGGUUUGACAAGAACAGUGGAGAUUUCCGGGGAAGGCGGCCCUCUGGGGAUACAUGUUGUACCAUACUUUUCAUCCUUAAGUGGAAGGAUCCUAGGGCUCUAUAUCCGUGGCAUUGAGGAGAACAGCCGAUCUAAGCGGGAUGGACUUUUCCAUGAAAAUGAGUGCAUUGUGAAAAUUAACAGCAUUGAACUUGCAGAUAAAACCUUUGCACAAGCACAAGAUCUCUUCCGUCAAGCCAUGAAAUCUCCAAAUAUCUUCUUGGAAGUGGUUCCUUCAUGCAGCCGUGAACAAUAUGAGAAAUCUGUCAUCACAUCUUUAUAUCCUUCAGAUAACAGUGAACACGUUUCAAAGGCAAAGGUUCUACCUCCCAUCCAUCCAAAGCCAAUGCCAAAGGAAGUAGACCUGUCUGGCAUGAACAGUCUGGAGACUGGUGUGUGGACAGUGCUACGUCCUGCCAAGAGCCCCAACAUGCCAAGGGUAAGCAGGAAGCCAUCAUCACCAUCUUUAUCUCCACUUAUGGGCUUUGGCAGCAAGAAAAAUGCAAAGAGGAUAAGGAUAGACCUCAAGAAAGGUUCUGAAGGACUUGGUUUCACUGUGGUUACAAGAGACUCUUCAGUACAUGGUCCUGGACCUAUAUUUGUAAAAAAUAUUUUACCACGAGGUGCAGCAGUUAAAGAUGGUCGUUUGCAGUCAGGAGACAGAAUACUGGAGGUGAAUGGUAGAGACAUCACUGGCAGAACCCAAGAAGAGCUUGUAGCCACACUGAGGAGCACAAAGCAAGGAGAGAUUGUCUCCCUGAUCAUUGCUCGCCAAGAGGAAACCUUCCUGCCUCGAGAGCUGAAAGGGGAACCCUACUGCAACGUUCUUUCAUUAGAGACUACUGAGCAAUUGACCUUUGAGAUUCCUCUGAAUGACUCAGGCUCAGCUGGACUUGGUGUGAGCUUAAAGGGCAACAAAUCUCGAGAGACUGGGGCUGACCUUGGGAUUUUCAUCAAAUCUAUCAUCCAUGGAGGUGCUGCUUAUAAGGAUGGUCGACUGCGAAAAAACGAUCAGCUUAUUGCAGUGAAUGGGGAAUCUCUGCUUGGAAAAUCAAACCAUGAAGCCAUGGAGACCUUGAGACGUUCCAUGUCUAUGGAAGGAAACAUUCGUGGAAUGAUUCAGCUAGUGGUUCUUAGGAGGCUGGAUAGGCAGAUGGAAGUGGAGCACACAGAGCCUGUUGCACCAUUUCCAAAACUGGACAUGGAUGGGAAUAUUAAUUUUACAAGCAUUCCAAGGUGUAGUGAUGCUGCUAUGCACUGUUUUGUCACAUAUUGCCCCCAGGAGAGGUUGAAAGAGCUUCAUACAUCUGAGAGUGGCAUGGCUGAAAAUGAAGUCCCACCCCCAUUGCCUCCACAUCCUAGUGAUGAGCUGCUCACAGAUUACAACCAUAGCUCAGUAGCAGAUUCAGCAGCAGCAUAUUUACCAGAUCAGCACAUCAACUUUAGAUCGUUGACACUGGCCAAGCAGCCGGAAUCAAUUAAUCUGAAAGCAUCCAAGAGCAUGGAUCUUGUGGCAGAUGAAAGCAAUGUGAGCUUGUUGACCAGGCAUCAACAAGAAUCUCCUGGCAAGGAUGUUGGUCCAACCCUGGGUUUGAAGAAGUCAAGUUCUCUAGAGAGUCUACAGACAGCUGUUGCUGAAGUAAAAAAGAAUGAUCUUCCUUUCUAUAGGCCCAGGCCUCACAUGGUCCGUGGCAGAGGGUGCAAUGAGAGCUUCAGAGCUGCCAUUGACAAAUCUUAUGAUGGACCUGAUGAUGUGGCAGAAGAUGGUAUGUCUGAUAAGAGUUCUCUCUCUGGUCAGGAAGCUCAAAACUUUGGAUCACCUUUUCACAUCAGUUCUGAGUUAGAAGAUGUGGAAGGCAAGGCAAAGAAACACAAGAAAACUAAAGACAAAUCCAAAAUGAAAGAAAAGAAUAAAAAAGCUAAUUUGAAGAACAAAUCCAAAAUGAAAGAAAAAGACAAGAAAGAAGAAAAUGAAGAUCCAGAGAGAAAAACAAAGAAGAAAAGCUUGGGAGCCAUGUUGAGGUAAAAGGCCUAGUUCUAUUUUUUAAAUCUUUUUUUUUUAUUUUCCUCUAAGUGGUAUGUUAAAUUGAGACUGAUUGAUUGAUUGAUGGGACUGGAGACCACUCAGUGGGUUUGUGACAAGAGGAAAUUGGCUAGCAAAUAGUGGGAAUUGUAGUCCAACUUGGAGGUAGGGACCAAGCCCAUCUUGCCAGGUCAGCAAAGGUCGAAUGAGAUGGAUGCAAUGCUCUCCUCUGAGAAAUUGGCCAUCUGCAUGUUGCUGGAUUGGAGGGGCUUCUAUUUGACAUUUCCUGUCUGAAGAUUUAAUUCCUUUAUGCUUAGGCUGAUACAUUAAUUGGGGCAAAGCUGCCAAUAAAUGUUAAAUGUUUUCCUUCUCUGUGGAGAAGUCAGAUUGUGUAGGUGAAUGUUCAGCUGGACUGGUCAACCAGAUUGGUGGAUUCUCACUGAUGGGAGCAGUUGUUAUUUACUUCUGCUCUCUGGUUUGAUUUCUCAUGAAAGUGUUACCAUGGCUUUAAAUUUUGUCAAGAGGAAUGUGAAGUUUAAAAAAAUUAAAAA